UCAUGUAUUCGUUACUUGAGUUUGGUCGUAUGUUCUGCAUAUGAGUUUGUCUUAGUGUAUAAUUUUUUUUUGUUAGAAUAAAUUAAGUAUAUUUCUUAGAAUUAGAAGAUGCAUGAAAUUAGAAGAUUUUAAUCUAUCUAUAAUAUUUAAAAAAAAAUAAAACUAAAAAUAGAAAUAGAGAAAAGGUAAUAUUAGACAUAAUCUAAUAGAAUUUUGAUUUUUUAGACCCAGAUCCAAAUGUCCCUUUCUUUUUUUAAAAUCAGUUAAUGAGGGGACCCACAAGAAGCAUUAGUGCUAUCAUUUGAAAAAAUAGACGUGGUUAGCGAGGUGUGAACUCGACUCGCUUGUGUGGCUAGCAAACCCUUUUUCAAAUCCUAAUUGUGGUGAAAGCCAAAUGGAAAGAAAUUUUGUCCUUCGUAUGUGUUUUGUUCUUGUGCAGACAUGUUCAAACUAUAAUUUUGGAAAACUGUUUAAUACGUAUUACUUUCUGACUUUUUAACCUUGUAAUGUAUUAUGAGAUAUCGAUUAUAUAGCUCCACCAGUUGAUUGCGAUGAAGCUAAAUUGUUUAUAUGAAAUCAGAAAAUAUGUGCAUUUCACGUUACAAUCCGUCAUUCAAUAACUUAUGAAACUAGGAAUUAGAUUAGUUAGGGUGGAGUAAAGAAAGUUGAGGUUUCACCAUAAAACUGAUUGAUAAUAUAGAGAAUAGCUCAAUUACUUAGAAGUACAUGCAAGAUUUAUUAUUUUCCCGAUGUCGGAUUCAUACUCUCAACACGUCCCUUCACAUGUGACUAAUUCAAAUCUAACACGUAUACAACACAAAUUGGUUGACAUGUGGCACGUGUAGUCAUUAGGCUUCACAUGUGCAUGAGAUAAUUUGGUCUAAUACCAUGAAGAAAGUUCAGGUUCCACUGUAAAAUUAAUUGACAAUAUAAAAAGUAGCCCAAUUACUUAUAAGCAUAUGCAAAUUCCUUAUUUUCUCAAUGUCAGAUUUAUGCUCUCAACAUGGAGAGGUAGCAUUUUUUAGAUCAAAGCAUUUUUUCUUCCAAGAUUUUUUAUUUAUUUUUUUACUUUACCAAGUAGUACAAAAUUAGAAGUUGUUCAUGAAUUGGGUAAAAGUAGAAGCCAAUGGAAGUGAGACUUAAAACUGUCCAAAGCUCUCUAGUUAAUAAUCCAAAUUUCCUAUAAACUUUUCCUUCUAAAUGUUAUUGGUGUGUGAUCACAUCAAUCAGAUUCUUGUGUGGCCAGGAGAUUUAUUAAGAAUUGACAAGGUUCCCCUCCCAUUUGAAAAAUCUCCUCCAUUCCUUGUAAGAUGUACGGCAGGACGGAGCUCAAUUAUUUUUGGUCCUUAUAGUUGCCAUCUCAUUUUUUGUAAACAUAUUGAAUCAAGUUUUUCUUCUAUGUGAUAGCAUUUCUUCUCUUAAUUUUAUGCAUUUGUGCAAAUUAGACUUAGUUAACCUGUUUUGCUCUUUGUCUUAGAAUAAUGAUGGAGCAUUCAUGUACCAAUCGUAGACGGGUUUUGUUCAUGCUCCUACAUGGGUUCAUUCUUUUAUGCAUCAUCACAUGCCUCGAAUCUGCAGCACUUCGCAAUCUUACUUUGCUUGGAAAUGAAUCUGAUCGCUUGGCUCUACUAGAUUUCAAGAAAAGAAUAACCGCAGAUCCUUUCGAUGUCAUGAGCUCGUGGAAUCAUUCCAUCCAUUUCUGCAGUUGGGUUGGGGUUUCUUGCCAGCGUUCCACCAAAAGAGUCUUGAUAUUGAACCUGAAAUCUCAAAAGUUGGUUGGCUCUAUUCCACCUUCCGUUGGAAAUCUUACUUAUCUUAUUGGAAUCAAUUUGAUAGGCAACAACUUUCAUGGGGAAAUUCCUCCAGAAAUGGGUCGUCUACAAAGCCUACAAUAUCUCAACCUUUCUCAUAAUUCCUUCCGUGGGAAAAUUCCAACUAAUUUGUCGCAAUGCACACACUUAAGAUUGCUUAAUCUGGAAAGCAAUCAGAUUAAGGGGUCCAUUCCGAACCAACUCAGUUCAUUGUUGAAUUUAAAAGAUCUAUCACUUUAUGGUAACAAUCUCACUGGAACCAUCCCACCUUGGAUAGGAAACUUUUCUUUGUUGAGCAGUCUUUAUCUUGGCAACAACAAUUUUCAAGGAAGAAUACCCAAUGAGCUGGGGCAUAUAACAGGCUUGGAGGAGUUCGUAGUUGAGCUGAAUAAUCUAUUUGGUAUGGUCCCUUCUUCAAUCUACAAUAUUUCCUCCAUAAAUGUUUUCAGUGUUGUUGGAAACCAGUUGCAUGGAGAGCUACCACCAAAUCUUGGCACUAUGCUUCCUAAUCUCGUACACCUUUACUACGGUGGGAACAAAUUUAGAGGAAAUAUUCCUAUAUCAUUGUCAAAUGCUUCUAGACUUCAGGCGCUCGAUCUUUCUCAAAAUGCCUUCUCUGGAACAGUCCCUGGUGAAAGCCUAGGAAAUUUGCGGAGCUUAUUUGUUCUAAACUUUGAAGUCAAUCGACUGGGAAAUGGAAAAACCGGUGGUUUGACUUUUCUCAGUUUCUUGGCUAAUUGCACUAGUUUGAAGAUUUUGGGUCUGCUCAAUAAUAAUUUUGGAGGAGGAAUUCCUGGAUCCAUAGCCAACCUUUCGACCCAACUCAGUUAUCUUAGUUUAGGGGGAAAUUUUAUUCAUGGAAAGCUCCCUUGCGGAAUUGGAAACCUUAUAAACUUGACCACUCUAUCAGUAGAAGAUAACCAUUUGGGUGGUAGUGUCCCUCAUGAAAUUGGGAAGCUAGGGAAGUUAGAGCAACUGUAUUUGGAUAAUAACAAAUUUUCUGGGUCAAUGCCGUCUUCCCUUGGUAACUUGACUUCAUUGUUAAACCUCUACAUGGAGUUAAAUAGGUUUGAGGGCAGUAUACCUCCAAGUCUUGGAAACUGCCAAAACCUAUUAGAUCUUAACCUUUCAAGUAACAACCUUACGGGCACCAUACCUAAAAUGCUUAUGGAGCUUUCAACCCUUUCAAUUUCUUUAGACCUAUCUAACAACUAUUUGAUUGGUCUGCUGCCCUUCGAGGUGGGUGAUUUAGUGCAUCUCACGAAGCUAAAUGUAUUAAGAAACAAUUUGUCAGGUGCAAUCCCGAACUCCCUCGGCAGUUGUACUAGUUUGGAGCACUUGUACUUGCAAGGUAAUAAGUUUGAAGGAACAAUUCCUCAAACUCUUAAAGAUUUAAAAGGCUUGGAAAAACUUGAUAUUUCAAGCAACAACUUGUCCGGGCAGAUUCCUGAAUUCAUAGGCAAGCUUGGUGCUCUCAAGUAUUUCAAUAUUUCGUAUAAUGAUUUCGAGGGCGAGUUGCCUAAAGAAGGUAUUUUUGCAAAUGUUAGUGGUGUCUCUGUCCUUGGAAAUCAUAGGCUCUGUGGUGGCAUCCCGCAAUUAUAUCUACCUCCAUGCCCCCCAAGAAAGCACCAUUCAUCUCGAGGACUACAUAAAGUAAUCAUCCCUAUAUCCUGUGCACUUGCAUUCAUAAUUGCUCUAUCAUGCUUCUUUGGUGCUUGUUCAAUGUUGAAAAAGUCAAGAUAUAGACUUUUCACUUCGUGUUCUUAUAAGGAUUGGAAAUCAGGUGUCUCCUACUCACAACUCGCUGAAUCAACUAACGGGUUCUCUGUGGAUAAUAUUAUUGGUUCGGGAAGUUUUGGUUAUGUUUAUAAAGGGGUAAUUCCUAGUGAUGGAACGAUAGUUGCUGUUAAGGUAUUAAACCUUCAACAACAAGGAGCUUCCAAGAGUUUCAUAGAUGAAUGCAAAGCUUUAAGGAGUAUAAGGCAUCGUAAUCUUCUCAAGAUCAUAACUGCAUGCUCGAGCAUUGAUAAUCAGGGUAAAGACUUCAAAAGUCUAGUUUUCGAGUUCAUGGCAAAUGGAAGUCUUGACUCAUGGUUGUAUCCAAGGGAAGAUGACCAAUCUCUAAGUAAGAGAUUGAGCUUUAUCCAAAGAUUGGAUAUUGCCAUUGGUGUAGCUUCUGCAUUAGAUUAUCUCCAUCACCAUUGUGAAACAGCCAUUGUUCAUUGCGAUUUGAAGUCGAGUAACGUACUUCUUGAUGAAGAUAUGGUGGCCCAUGUUGGGGAUUUUGGUUUAGCAAGGUUUCUCUUCGAACCACCAAAUGAUCCUGCCUUCAGUCAAACCAUGUCAUCUCAGCUAAAGGGUUCUAUAGGCUACAUUCCUCCAGAGUAUGGCAUGGGAGGCCAAGUUUCCACACUGGGAGAUGUCUACAGCUAUGGGAUACUAUUACUAGAAAUUUUCACAGGAAAAAGACCAAUCGAUGACAUUUUCAAAGGCGAACUAACCAUUUACCAAUUCGUAGCCAUGGCUUUGCCUGACCAUGUCAUGGACGUUGUUGACCCUUCAAUUGUCCUCGACCUCGAAGCAGAUAGUGAUGUUAACCAUGACAUAGUACGAGAUCAAGCUCCAUUCAGAUGUAACAAUCGUGGCCAGGUGAAAGCAAAGAAAUUAAAGGAAUGCUUGGCUUCAGUGAUGCAUAUAGGACUUUCUUGCUCUGUAAUGUCACCAAGGGAACGGAUGCUGAUGGACGUGGUUGUUAGAAAAAUGAGCAAAAUUAGAGAUUCAUACCUCUAGGCUUAAGAAGACUUGAGAAGGACAAAGCAUGCUGCUCAAAGGAGAAAGGGCAUGAUCACUCGUCAAUAAUAUUUUCCACUCUGUACUCACGAAAGUUUUCUUCCUUUUUUUGCUUUCUUUUUCCUGCUAUCAUUUUGAAUUUUGUCUUGUGGACGUUUAUGGUUUAUUUUGCUUAUAUGACUUGAAGCUUUCGAAUUGUUAAUUAGUGUGGUUCUUUUUAGAAUUGUAAUGAUUCGUUGUAACAACCCGUCCUAGAUUUUUUACGGAACGAAAUGGUAAUGUUCUAAUUUCAUGUUGGGUUGGGAUAUUGGUUUAAAAUAUUGUUUUUGAGGGCCUUAAUAGGUGUGCCCAAGGGGCCUACCUUUGGAGUUUGUCCCCGGCCCACUCCCUUCUCUCUCUCUCUCUUUCUUCUCUCCUGUGAGUCUCACUAUCCCUCUCACUUUAUCUCUCACUUUCACUUCUCUCCCUUCUUUCUCAGCAAGCAUCGAAAAGUGCCAUGUGGGAAAGCACCACCUGAGAAACCACCAAUUUCACCCUCUAGACCUCACGAGCUCGAACCCGAGCCCUGUUAUGUAGGAAAAAUCGAGCCGUGAGACUCUAACUCCAAGCUUCGAUGAGAACAAAGUUCCCCGACGCGACUUCGAAUGAUUUUGUAACUUUUCCGAUUUGGGUAAGCCUCAAAACACUCCAAAUGCUUCUCUUUUCAUCCCUAUAGUUCUUUUUUGACCACGUUGUUGUGUUUUGGACGUCAAAAUAUGAAGAAACACCUCGAUAGACUAUAUUCCUAGUUUUUUGGCGAGGUGCCGGGACUUACAAACGUUUUCCGAUCAUAUUCCGAUCACGACUGGCCACGAGGAAGGUAUAUUUCGACUCCUUGCUUCACGGGCUUCAUUUUGGUAUUUUAGUUUAAUUGUUUUGACUAAGUUUUGAACUCCGUCGAAGCACGGGAAUUCUCUGGCCGAUUUCCGGCUUUCUUCUUCCUUGGGUCCGGUGACCCACAAACCUUAGACCCAAAACCCUUUUUAACCAUCCCAUUUGGGCAGCCCAAUCCCUUAGCCUUUUAAACCAAAGGACCCAAUUCAAUAAUCGGGCUUUCAAGCCCAAAACCCUAGUCUAACUAGGCCCUUGGGCCAUGCACCUAGGCCCAAACCCGUCACCAACCUAACCCAUUGAACCCAAACCCCUGACCCUUUGAAACCAGGCCUUUGGGCCUAGGACCCUUCGGCCCAAACCCACAAACCCAACCCGGAUGGAAUAUUCUUAGUGUUGACUUUUUGUUAAUUUUUUCGAAAUUUACCCGGGACCCUUCUUAGGGUAAUUCGAUGUCCUGGAUCCGUUUUUGACGUCCGUUUUCCCAAAUUCAAUAAUUUGAAUAGAGUUUUAUCAAUUGGACCCUUUAUGUGCUUAGGGCAAUUAUUUAUGACGUUUCCGUUUUCGCUAGUUUGCGCGGCUCUUCGGCGGUGAAUUAUCUGUGAGUGGACCCCUUCAAAAUGCAUGUUUGAAUAUUAGAAUUGCAUACAUGAAAAGCAUGAUUUAAUGAUUACGUUUUAUGAGAUAUUAUGCUUACUGAGAAUAUUUUGAAUUACCAUAUUUUGUCGAACUCAUGUUCUUUGUAGUAUAGAUGAUGGAUGACUUUAUAUUGCUUAUGAAUAUACUUAUGCACACUUCUUUAUAGUAUAGAUGAUGGAUGGCUUUAUACUAUGAAGAUGUUUUUGAGAUAUAUAUACCUAUGUUUGGAAAGUCUAUGUUCAAUAGUUUUGUGCUUAUCUAGUGGUCACUAUACCGCCACGGGCAAGGAUUAUGGUUGUUGGCUACGGGUCAGGAUAAAUAAUCUUUGGCUUCGGGCCGAGAAACAUGGAGUUGGUAUUGGGCCGUGUGAAAUAAUCUCUGCUACGGGCGUAGAGACAUGGAGCUAGCAUUGCGCCGGGAGAUAUCUUUACUGGAUACCACUAGUUAGCCCACUAUAUAUGAGAUAUGUUUUAUGAGAAGUUUUAUGGCAUGCUAGGGUUUCGGAAACCUAUUACAUAUUAUGCUAUUGAUGUUUUCAUAAAAAUUUGGGGGUUAGUAUGUUGAUAACUGUUUC